AGAGGGCGAUCAGAUCUCACAAACCAGCUAAUGGCCACAACUCAGGGGCGGAGCCUGGGGGACGACGCCUGGACCCUCACCAAUGGGAAAAGGCAGGCUUAUAGCAUUAAAGGGGAAUCAGCGUUUCGGCCAAACCAGGUCCUGAGUCCUCAGCAUAGGAGGGUACCUGAUACCUUUAAGAGACCCCCCCGGCCGCCCUUCUCCUCCCUUUGUUCUUGUGGCUGGGGGGGUAUCCCCUCCCUCCACAACAUGGAGCCAUCUCCUUUGUCUCCCAGUGGGACAGCACUCCCCCUGCCUCUAUCGCUGGCUCCACCCCCACUGCCCUUGCCAGCCGCUGCAGUGGUACACGUGUCCUUCCCUGAGGUGACCAGUGCCCUCCUGGAGUCCCUCAAUCAGCAGCGGCUGCAGGGCCAGCUCUGUGAUGUGUCUAUCCGAGUGCAGGGCCGGGAGUUCCGGGCUCAUCGGGCUGUCCUGGCUGCCUCCUCCCCUUACUUCCAUGACCAGGUCCUACUCAAGGGCAUGACCUCCAUCUCUCUGCCCAGCGUCAUGGACCCAGGCGCUUUCGAGACUGUCCUGGCCUCUGCUUACACUGGUCGCCUCAGCAUGGCUGCUGCUGACAUUGUCAACUUCCUCACAGUGGGUUCUGUCCUCCAAAUGUGGCACAUUGUGGACAAGUGCACUGAACUCCUCCGAGAAGGCCGGGCCUCAGCCACCACCACCAUCACUACUGCUGCAGCCACCUCUGUCACUGUCCCUGGUGCUGGGGUCCCCUCAGGGAAUGGGGGCACUGUGGCCCCUGCCACCAUGGGCUCUGUGCGCUCCCAUGCCUCCAGCCGAGCCAGUGAGAAUCAGUCUCCCAGCAGCAGCAACUACUUCAGUCCCCGGGAAUCCACUGAUUUCUCAUCUUCCUCCCAAGAGGCAUUUGCUGCUUCAGCAGUGGGCAGUGGGGAGCGUCGAGGAGGUGGCCCUGUAUUUCCAGCCCCUGUUGUUGGUAGUGGAGGGGCUACCUCUGGGAAACUACUGCUGGAGGCAGAUGAGCUGUGUGAUGAUGGUGGGGAUGGGAGGGGCGCGGUAGUCCCUGGGGCUGGGCUCCGGAGGCCCACCUACACACCCCCAAGCAUCAUGCCACAGAAACACUGGGUAUACGUGAAGCGAGGUGGAAACUGCCCAGCACCAGCACCCCUGGUUCCUCAAGACCCAGAUCUAGAGGAGGAAGAGGAGGAGGAAGACCUGGUGUUGACCUGUGAGGAUGAUGAAGAUGAAGAGCUGGGGGGUGGUUCCAGGGUUCCAGCAGGGGGAGGGCCUGAGGCUACCCUCAGUAUAAGUGAUGUCCGUACCCUGAGUGAGCCUCCAGACAAGGGGGAGGAGCAGGUGAACUUCUGUGAAUCCUCCAAUGACUUUGGCCCCUAUGAGGGUGGAGGUCCUGGGGCAGGGCUUGAUGACUCAGGAGGGCCAACUCCCUCUUCCUAUGCCCCCUCCCAUCCUCCACGACCCCUUCUUCCCUUGGACGUGCAAGGGAACCAGAUCCUGGUCUUCCCGACAUCUUCAUCCUCCUCCUCCUCCUCACAGACUCUGGGCCAGCCACCAGGGAACCAAGCCGAACAUGGGGCGGUGACCCUGGGGGGCACGUCAGUGGGGGGUCUGGGCAUGCCAGGUAGCGCUGGCGGGGCCCCUGGAGGCACCAGCAGCGGGGAUGGGAAUAAGAUCUUUCUGUGCCACUGCGGAAAGGCCUUCUCUCACAAGAGCAUGCGGGACCGCCACGUGAACAUGCAUCUCAAUCUGCGGCCCUUUGACUGCCCUGUGUGCAACAAAAAGUUCAAGAUGAAGCACCAUCUGACUGAGCACAUGAAGACGCACACAGGUCUCAAGCCCUACGAGUGCGGCGUCUGCGCAAAGAAGUUCAUGUGGCGAGACAGCUUCAUGCGCCACCGAGGACACUGUGAGCGCCGGCACCGCCUGGGCGGGGGCGGGGGCGGGGCCGGACCUGGACCUGGACCUGGGACGCCCGCUGGGCCAGCCUUACCGCCCAAAAGAGAGUCCCCCGGAGCGGGUGGGGGCAGUGGCGAUGAGGUGGGUGGGGCCACGUCCCCUCCCGGUAGGCGUGUCUGGUCCCCACCCAGCGUCCACAAGGUGGAGAUGGGCUUCAAUGGGGGCGGAGGAACAAACUGAAGGGGCAGGCUACUGGGGGUAGCUUUCGGGGAAGAGGGAAUAGGAGCAAGAUCCGGGGGCGCUGUUGCCCCAGGGUGAUUUCCCACCGCACUCACUGUCUUCCUUUAUUUCUAUGGACUUGUAUAUAUUCUGGCAGGGGAACCAUAUUGCACCAUCGCCAGCCCAUUCCACUCCUCAGUCCCUCCCUCCCAAGGUAUCCCUGGAACUAAGCCCUUUCCCUCUGAUGGGUACACUGAAGCCCCAGCUCCACGGAGUAGGGUGCACGUGGGGGAGGGAGGGAGACCAGUGAGCAUCCUGGAGUCACAGGGUCAAGGGUCAGGUGGUUGGUUGUAGUCUGUGCUUGAAGUCUGUGUUUGUGUUGUUGUGGGGACCAGACCUUUGAGUCUCACCCUUGUCCUAGAACCUACCCCUUCUCCCAGGAUGCCCUCCUUAUUUCUACCCCAUUCUCCUCCCCCUCCCGUGGGGAUCCCCGACUCGGUUCUCACAGAGGUGUGGGUGGAGACAAGGAGGGAGUAAUUCGUAGGAGUACAAGGUUUUAUGAUUAUUUUUUAAACAGUGAUUAAAAUAUUUAUUGGUCAUUUCACUUGGCUUCC